AUGCGAAGAAUGGGAGAGGGAAUAGAGGAAAAAAGGAACUACAUUAUGUACUAUAAAGGAGAAACUGCUGGUCAGAGAGGAGUAGGAUUUUUAGUAAAAAGCAAAUUAAAAAAUAGAAUCGUAGGAUUUGAAGGUAUAUCUGACAGAAUAGCAGUAAUUCAUAUCAACUUAUCCGAAUUUGCAAGAAAUUGGACAGUAAUACAAAUUUAUUCACCGACAGAAAAAGCCACUCAACUAGAAACCGAUGACUUUUAGUGACAUCACUGCAAAAUACGACGAAAACAACCUAAUAGUAAUGUACGUAAUAAAGGCGAGGAAAGGAUACUAGGUGAGUUUGGAAGCGGUAAAAGGAGUAAAAAUGGUGAACGGCUGAUAGAAUUCCUACUAGAACAUGAUUUAAAGCUGCUAAACUCUAUGUUUCGCAAAAAACACAAAACUAAAUGGACUUGGGUAUCCCCAGAUGGUAAGGUUAAAAACGAAAUUGACUUUAUAACAACAAAUAAAUCUCGGUCGUUAACGGACACUGGGGUUAUACAAAAUUUUAACUUCAAUACUAAUCAUCGAAUGGUUCGAAGCUGCCUCUCCAAGUCCAGCCAAAAAAACCCUAGACCAAAAUUAAUGACAAAUAACCGGAAACGGAUGCUCUACGCCAUUAAGGAAGGAAGAGAAGACACAAUAAAAACCUAA